AGUAGAUGGACACAUUUAGAUAUUAGAUGAUGAACAUGGAAAAGUAUACUCCUAAAACAACAAGUUCAUCAGCAGACGACUCAAGCAAUAUGAAUUCAGCUAUGGUUGACAAGAUUGCUGACAUCUUUGCGCAGAUAAAUGCAAAAAAAGCUGAGAUAUCAUCUGUGGUCACAUCCUCGAUAAUGACGGACCCUGUCUUCCCUCACCAUGUUCUGCCAAGACAGUGUUCCCUUCCAAGUCUAGCACUACCAUACAUGCCUCGAACCCCUCCUAAAGAAAGUUACACAUUGGAGGAUUUCCAAUGCAGAUAUUGCCACCGUCCUUUCUUUUCAAAAAGGGAGUUAACAAAGCACACGGAGAGUGUACAUUUUAUUGAGGUGUACAAGCCAUCCCACUGGUGCUCAGUUUGCACAUCAUCCUUCUCCUCCAACAAAGAGCUUACAACCCACAUGCAAUCUUACCAUGGUGAAAUUCAGCCAGAUGGUGGUACAACAUGUAAGAUGUGUUUCUUGAAGUUCCAACAUCCUCGUCUACUUGCAAAUCACAUGAAUCUCUACCACAUACCACACAUGGGUUGUUCUAUUUGUAGCAAAAGUUUCAGUGAUGUUGCAGCAGUUUGGAAGCAUCUCAUGGCAGAGCACAAGGUAAAACCAAAAGAGAUCAAGUGCAAUCUUUGUGAUAAUGUGUUUGAAUCUCCUGAGGACUAUGAUGAUCACAAUAAAGUUGCCCAUGCUUUUCCGUGUAUGUUGUGCCAAAAGAGUGUGGAGGAUAGAGAAAAAUUGCAGGAUCACUUAGAAGAGGCUCAUAAUAAACAUUUUUGUGCUGACUGUGCUGAGAUUUUCAAUGAAUUUGAAGGUUUUGUUCAGCAUUAUAUCACCAAUGAAAAAUGCUCACUUGAUCCUUACAAACUCAUUUGUCGAUACUGCAAUGGAGUAUUUCCUAAUCUCAAACUCCUGUUCAAACAUCUUUGCCUGGACAGUUUUAAAUGUGUGUUCUGUGAAACCACCUCAAUCUCGUGUAAAACAUUUCAAUUACACAUGGAAACUGCUCAUCAUACCAAGUUAAGAUACAUAACUACUCUACCUCCAUCAGCAGAACAGGCAGCUGAAAAGGAAGCCCCUGCAGAGCCUAUGAACAUGUCUCAGCACAGACUGGUCCCAACCAUUGUUUCAGACUUUCUGUCAAGUGAUGCCUCAGGAAACCGUGAGACUAACGGAAGUAAAAUAAACUAUAUCCACAACUUGAUUCAAGUUAACGAAAAUCUUCUCAAAUCAAAACCUUCAAUCCUGUCAAAAUAUUCUUCGGCAUCGAGUGAUUCAUCCAGUUCCCAAUCCUCAGCAUUAAAACUAUAUAACACCCCAGAACAGCUGAUGAAAUACUGGCAAACCCAUGUGAUGCAAUCCAUUGCCCUGUCUUCAAAUGAUCCAGAAAACAUCAAAACAGAGCCAGAUGAGAUGGACUGCUCUCAGGACACACCAGAGACUCGUAGUCCACCGAGACAUCCCCCGAUCACCAAGACAGACAGUUCCGACAGUCUGCUGCAUCCAGCCUUGUCACCUUCCAGCUCAAUCCAGCAACAACCCAACGAGUCAUUUUCAUCAUUGGAGCUGGAGGAGGAUGGAUCUGACAAGGGUGACUUGGAUAUGGAGAUCGACGGUGAUUCCUCCGAAUCCAGACGGAACUCUCUGCGACAAAAAUACCAACAACUAUCUAUCAGUAGAAUGGGGCGCAGGUCUAGUAAAUCUCUGAACAAAAUGCUCUCCAAGACCAAAGUUGAGGAGGUUAGUGAGAGCAAUCCGGUACAAAGUGCCGUUGCCAGCGCCAUGAGUUCAGCUAGAUCAUCUUUCAGUUGCCAAAGGUGUUCAAAAACAUUUGUUAAUCGAUCACUGCUUUCACGUCAUUGGGGCUCCUCCACUAAAUGUUACAUUUGUUCCAAGUCUAUGUGUGAUCUGAAAGUUUUAAACGAACACAUGAAAUCGGAGCAUGCAGAGUAUAGCGAUAUUCAGUGACCAUAGUUUUAACAUAGAUUUUCAAAAUUAUAUUUAAUAAUCAUUACAGUAAAUCUUAUAAAAUUGUUGGUGAUAGAAAUUAGAAUUUAAUUGAUUGAGAUUUAUUUAACUCGUCAUAUUUUGUGAAUUAUGUUAACAAUUGCCGCGAUUCAACUUGCUUUAAAGCUGCAUAUAUGUUGUUUAUGUAUGUGAUAUAUGUAAGAUGAUUUAGUAGUUAGUGAGUUA